AUGGCUCAUCGUUUAAAUCAACUGCGAACAUCAACAUUGACGACGCACGAUCAGUUCUCGUCAACUUCAACUACUCUUAUUUCGUCUCCACGCACACCAGGGAAAAAACUGACUAAGGGUGAUCCAAUUGUUACUGGUAUACGUCUACGCCCAUUUCUUGAACGUGAAUCUGCUAUUGAUGAUACAUCAGCCGUACAAAUAUUUGAAAAUAAUGUUAUUUGUACACAAAAUAGUCGACCACAAAUAUUUAAAUUUACACAUUGUUUCGAUGCUGCUGCAAAAAAUAAAACUAUUUAUGAUGGAAUGAUUCGAUCAGCUGUUCUUGCUUCUUUACAAGGAUACAAUACAACUGUAUUAGCUUAUGGUCAAACAGCAUCUGGCAAAUCGCAUUCUAUAUUUGGUUCAUCAUGUGAAGAAGGCAUUUUGUCAUUAAGUAUUCAUGAUUUAAUAACAAUGAAUGGGAAGAAUCAUUUAAAAUUUGAAUUAAGUUUUCUUGAAAUUUAUAAUGAAAAAGUAACAGAUUUACUUGCAAUGCCAACAACAUCAAAUGAACAAUUAAAUCAAAAACCCUCAACGAAAUCUUCAACUACAUUGUCAUUUUCAAAACAAGCACGUACACAUAUUUUAAAUAAACUUGUACCAAGUUCAAAUUCAUCAAAUAAUGCGACACGUACCCUUGAAAUUCGUGAACAUCCAUUACUUGGUCCAUAUGUUCCAGAUUUAAAGUAUAUUCAAGUGAAGAGUAAAGAAGAUUUUCAAAAUGUUUUAAAUAUGGGUAAUCAACAACGUUCAGUUGCAUCAACAAAUGCUAAUCAACGAUCAUCAAGAUCACAUGCUAUAUUUACUGUUAAAAUAAGUCGUAUUGAUGUACCACAAUCAACAACAACGCGUUUGUCAUUUGGAUUAAAUUCAGCACAUUCUGUGUCAAAUAUUGGUAAAAGUACAACAAAUUCUAGUUCAUCAAAGAAAAGUGCAAAGCAACAAGCGCAAGAGGAACUAGAUGCACAAGCUGUGCGAUUAAAUUUUGUUGAUUUAGCUGGCAGUGAAAAAUCACAACAAUAUAAUGGGUCUCAAGGAAAAAAUGAUCGAUUUGCGGAAAGCAUUCAUAUUAAUCAAUCGUUAUCUACACUACGUAACGUAAUUGAUGCACUGUCUCGUCAACAAAGUCAUAUUCCUUAUCGAGAUUCAAGUUUAACUUAUUUAUUAAAAAAUAGCCUUGGCGGUGAUGCAAAAACAUUUAUGUUAGCAACAAUUAGUCCAUCGUCAACUGUUAUAGAUGAAACAAUCAAUACAUUACGUUAUGCAGGUCUUGCUUCAACCAUUACGAAUGUACCUCGAAUAAAAACUCCACAUUUACGACAUGAAAUCGAUGAAUUACGUGAAGAAAAUGCACGUCUGAAACAAGAAUUAUUUCUUGUUAAAUCUAAAUCAAUGCCAUCAAUACAUCCAACAGUUAAUAAAAUAUCUUUGACACGCAUUGAUGAAUGUCUACAAACAAGUUUUCAAGCUGAAUCAUCGACAUCACAAGAAGAAAUAAAUGAUGAAAAACUUGAUACUGUUGAUGAAGAAAUUUUAGCUCAAAUUGAAAAUCAAUGUCGUCGACCGAAAAGAAAACGAUUAUCUGAGCAACCGCUUCAUGAAAUUGCUAAAAUACGCAAGAUCGAUGAUACAAUGCUUCAUCGAAGAUUAGGAACGAUUCUCAGUUACGUUACAGAUGAUUUUUCAAUAAUCAAUGACAAUGGUAUUCUUGUUAUUUCGGAUGAAUUGAAUAUAGAUAUGAAAAAGAAUUCAUCUUCAUGGAUAGAUGCAUUAGAAAGAUUUGAUCGAAGUGUUGAUAUUAAUUCAAUAACGAAAAAAGAGAUUGUCGAUUCACUCAAUAUUCUAUUUGAUAAUCAAGAAUGA